AAUCUCGCCAGCCAGCUCGCUCGAGUGCAAGAAAAUUACGACCUUCGCUCUUUCACAGUCUAUUCUACUUUAAUCACAUUUAAUCAAACAUCAUGAGACACGUACGCGACGCGACACGCAGCUAUGCCCCAGGAACAACUAUUCAUAUGACUUCUGAUAAUUCCGCGACGCUGGCGUCGCGAUUAAAUCGAAUGGCUACCCCCACAUUCUUUUCCCCUUCAGCCACGCAAUAUAUAGAUUACGGGGACCAUAUCGAGCUUUCCAGGUCAUCUCCAGAGUCUCAGUCCAAUGGGUUCCUAAAAUCACCUUCCCGUUGCCUCCUCGCUGGGCUUGGUAUUCACUAUCGAUUAGAUUCCGGCAAUACCAUGGAAAUCGGCGAGAGACACUACUUGUACGACGACGGACAAACCGCCUCGUAUAUGCAGGCGGACAAUUUCAGUAGCUCUUCAAAUCAUUCAACUCCCCCGGGCUCGGCAUUCCAACUAAUAGAUCAUACCGCCGAGAGCCUCGGUCGCUUAAGCGAGUCUCAAAGUUCCUUAGCUGUUUUCAGCGACACCUCGUUGCCUGAUCUCGGGUACUCCUCUUUAUCGUCCUCGGUUUCCUUAGCUUCUACUCGGUCUGCCUCUGACAACGAGGAAGGUCAGGCUUCAAGAGCGUUCUCCCUGGCUUAUAACCUCGCGGAUGAUGUUCUCUCUUGCUCACCUUCCAACAUUGGUCUUAUUCCUGACGUCAACAUGUACAACCUUGCACUAUUCACGAAGCCUCCCAGCGUAGGUGUCGACCCUUCAGUCAUCAUGGGACAGUUAUCUGCCUCCCCUCAAGCGUUUCUGUCACCUCACCUCACCCCUCGCAGUGCCACCUUCUGUGGUUUCUCUCCACUGUUUAUUCAUGAUCCAGGGUCCUCCACUCUUGGCGCUAUGGGAGAACUGACACCCGGCCAGCUAUCCCAAGAUUGUCCAUCGUCACACAUAAUUCACGAUAUUGUUACCAUCUUGUCCACCUCUGCAACACAUGAACCUGACAAGCCGGAGUCACUGACAGCUAUAUACAGCGAACAGCCGUCCUUCGAACAAUGUGCUCCGCAGAAGAGAGCUAUGGGAUCUCCGAUAGUCAAGAUGGAGACAUUGCCAGAUGCACCUAUUUUGCGUGUGUUCUCCCCAAAACAAGAACAAUUUUACAUUCUUUCUAGCUGUGACAACUUCUCGUUCCCUUCGUCCGAAAAGGCGUUUCCCCCAAGUCAAAGCAAGGGCGAGCCAGAUCUUACCACUCAUAACGACCCACAUCCAUCGCCAAUUUUCAACGCGCAUAUGGGAAUUGAGUUGUCUGAGCUCGCCUUCAGAGCCCAACGCUACAGGGUACGCCAUCAUACACAAGAGAUUGACCGAGGAUGGUUGAUGCAUUUCGCGGGCAAGUUGAGCGACCGCGGGGAGCUUAUAGAAGAGUUUCGAUGCUACGUCGUCGGGUGUAGCCAGAGAAACAAGCGCCGAGAUCACAUCAUAGUACAUGUCGGGGCUCACGUUGAUCAACGGCCAUUCGGCUGUUCCAUGUGCCCGCAGCGGUUCCUCCGCAAGAAUGAAUGCAAACGUCACGAGGCGAGCCAUACCGGCGUGAGACCCUAUCAUUGCGAAGUUUGUGGGCAGACCUUCGUUCGUCAGGAUUUGCUGAAGAGACACACAAAGCGGACUCAUGGAUUAGAGAAGGGGAGUCGUGGUGCAGGCUCGCGUCGUAAGAAGGCGAGGACUGAGUGAAUUCACGGUUAACACUUCCUUGAUCGACUCUGGAGACACUCUUCAAGUGAAUCAAGUCAUCGGUGACAGUUAAAUCAAUCAAAAUCUUGCUUGGCUGAUCAAGUUGUGAAAGACAUAUAUCAGUCUGGCCAAAGUCCGGAGUACUGAGCAUAACACAAAAUAUGUUGUGUACUACUGGACGUGACGUGAC